CAACGCCUUCUGUCCCUGAGAGCUAGCAGACGACGGUGGCUGGGACCGUUAGCAGGCUGGCAGGCAUCGUGCUGCUACUUCACUGGCGGCCAGGAUGGAGACCAUGCGAGCGCAGCGGCUGCAGCCUGGAGUGGGCACCAGCGGGAGGGGCACUCUGCGAGCGCUUCGGCCCGGAGUUACUGGGGCCGCGGCUGCCACCGCCACACCCCCAGCGGGGCCCCCGCCGGCCCUGCCGCCACCCGCACCACCCCCGCCGCCCCUGCUCCUGUCAGGGGCCCCAGGGCUGCCGCUGCCCCCUGGCGCCACCGGCAGCCCCGCGGUGCUUCGGGAGGCCGUGGAGGCCGUAGUGAGGAGCUUCGCCAAGCACACGCAGGGCUAUGGCCGAGUGAAUGUGGUGGAAGCACUUCAGGAAUUCUGGCAGAUGAAGCAGUCCCGUGGGGCUGACUUGAAGAAUGGGGCUCUAGUGGUUUAUGAAAUGGUUCCCUCCAACAGCCCUCCCUAUGUCUGCUAUGUCACCCUGCCUGGAGGAAGUUGCUUUGGAAGUUUCCAGUUUUGUCCCACAAAAGCUGAGGCCCGGCGGAGUGCUGCAAAGAUUGCACUGAUGAACUCUGUGUUUAAUGAACAUCCUUCCCGAAGAAUCACUGAUGAGUUCAUUGAGAAGAGUGUCUCUGAGGCUCUGGCAUCUUUCAAUGGCAACAGGGAGGAAGCUGACAACCCAAAUACAGGAAUCGGUGCUUUCCGAUUCAUGUUGGAAUCCAACAAGGGCAAGUCAAUGUUGGAAUUCCAGGAGCUAAUGACAGUUUUUCAACUGCUUCACUGGAAUGGCAGCCUUAAGGCCAUGAGAGAAAGACAGUGCUCUCGGCAGGAAGUACUGGCUCAUUAUUCACACCGAGCCCUGGAUGAUGAUAUUCGCCACCAAAUGGCAUUGGACUGGGUGAGCCGGGAGCAGAGUGUACCAGGGGCACUGUCUAGAGAGCUGGCCUCUACUGAGCGGGAGCUGGAUGAAGCCCGGCUGGCAGGCAAGGAGCUGCGCUUCCACAAAGAGAAGAAAGAUAUUCUCAUGCUGGCUGCUGGGCAGUUGGGCAAUAUGCAUUCUUCCAACUGCUAGUCAUCCACCUACCUGCUCCUCAUUCUCUCUGGGCCCUUUUUUAUAUAUCCUUUCUAAGACUUAGCAUGAUUUUUGUACAUACUUUCUCAAUUUUAUACUUAAAAAAUAUAUAUAUAUGUAUAAAUUCUACCCCUGGAUUCCUAUUUGCUAAAAGAUCCCUUUUCUUACUUCUAGUUUUUGGAUGUAGUUUCAUUUGAAACAUCUCCACUCCGCUUUACAAGAAGAGUAGGUUGUCUUUAAAGCAUCGUUGGUUCUUAUACUCCCAAUAACUGUGUAGUCAUUUCAGUAGCACAAAGUAAUUGACAAAGUGUUCGUAUCUCUUUCCUUUGAAAUAACAGGGAGCUUGAAUAGGGAUUGUGCACCCCACCACCACUUUGCCCAAUUCCCACCACAUACACACACAUAUAUUCACCCUCAUUCUUGCUUUCUUUUGGACUCAGAGAGUGUAUGAGUAUGAAGCCUUUGGCUCUGGUUUACCUUGAGCUGGGCCUGUUGGUACUGAGUCAUUCCUCUGGUAACUAGAUAUUUCCUAGCCUAUACUAGCUCCCCACUACCACUACCUUACUCCUGCUCUGCCUCCAUAUGGUACUUCAUUUUGAGGCUUCCCUGCAUUAUUAUUUAGUAGGAAGUGGAGGUCUGGUUUCUUAUUUUUAAAAGCAUUCCUGCAAAACUGCCUCUCUUGAAAGAACAAGAGAGGAAUUAUAAAUAUAAUUCAUAGGGGCUUAUCACCUGAGUUGCUUCUGGGGCAUAGAUGCCAUACCAUACUGGUAGUCCAAGAUUUCCAGAUGUACUCUAUACUACAGAAGGGGUCAGGAUUAAAGAUGUGUAUCUUUCAAUAUUUCCUUUUCAUUCUGCUUACUUAGCUUAGCUAAGCCCUGUAUUUAGAUCUUCCUGCCUACCGACAUUGGUAGAAAGUAAAACAUUUCCCUUUACUCUCUCCUCCCAUCAUUUUGCUCUUUGGUAACAUUAUCUAUACUAUUUGGUGAGGGCCAUGUUCCUCUCACUCCCACAAAGUUGCUGCUGUUUAUUACCUUAGAUACACUUACCUUAGAUUCACAUUUAUUUUCUCCCUUUUCUUUCCUCUUCUUCCUCAUUGAUUAUCAGAGCAUGAGUUGAUCAGGAAAAUUAGAUAAGACUUUGGCAUUAUGGCACUUCUUAAUCUUCAGGAGAUUGCAGGAGGGAAAAGAGAGCUGAUAAUCAGCUAUUUGUGUUUUUAAUGCUGUUCUCUUCCCCCACCUCCCUCCUGGGUGAACUAGGAGAGAAGUAAUUUGGAGUACAACUAAAGCAUUCCCUUUGGGAGGUAUAUAUUUUCCCCUUGUUUCUGUAAUCUCCUUUGUACCAUAUUAUAGCUCAGCACACUUUCUAAACUGAGGUUGGGAAGUUUAAUGUUUCUGCAAUUGGACUUUACAUUUAAUGAUUAUACACUUUGCUUUUAGAAAUGUUAGGAAACAGGCCACGAUCUGCUCUUUUGGAUCUGACAGGAACAAGAUGAAAGUGAGCUAUUUUCCUUUUCAAAUCCUCUUCAUGACCAGUACAUAUAGGAUCAGAGGUAAGGAAUCUAGCAACUGUUGUGUUAGUGCUUGAAAGGGACCUCCUUGAGUUCUCCAAGCCCCAUCUCUGUAUUUCAUGAAGCACAUGCAGAGCUAGAGGCGCCUACAUUAAAUAAUAGGUGUGUCUGUUUAGUUUUGAAUUGAUAUUUAUAAUUCAGAAAUCAUAAAUCCUUAUUUCUUCUAUGCUCCUUUUUCUGGGAAGUGUUAAGGGGUAGGAAUUGUGGGAAGAACUUGUCCUUGCACCUCCUAGAUUUAUUAUUUUUCUCAAAUACCACCCAGUAAGAUCCCAAAGAGUUUGAGAAAAUUAUUCCCUGAUCUGUCCUUAAAGAUUUUACUAAUCAUUUUAGUACUAUGUAUUUUAUAUAUAUAAUUUUAUACAAUUAAAAAUAGAUUUUUGUCUAGUGAGCCAGAUUGUUUCUUGAGAUCUGUGUAUCAGAGGAGCGCUAAAAUGACCCUUUCUCUUACACACACACACACACACACACACACACACACACACACACAUAAAUAAUUUUUAUUAGAAUCUUUUAGGUAGUAGAAGUAAGAUUGUAUUGCUGAGGAACCCGGAUUUUGUCUUUGGCCCUUUCUCCCAAGCUCUACCCAUUUCCACUGUCAAUCUCACCAUUAUAGUAGCUUAAAUUCUAUCAUACACACAAUUCUCAAGCUAUUUCUUCUAUCCCAACCAGUUCUGUGCUUUUAUACCUACAUUUCAUAUUAUUGCAUAUCACCACUUGACUAUGACACAAGCUCUUUGAACUCACAUAUCCAAAAUAAAACCCAUUCCUCCAUACAGGCUCCUCUUUGACUUUCUAGAUCUGUUAUUGGAAUUAUUAUAUACCCGUUAUCUAAAUUAGAACCUUCAGACCCAUCCUUAACUCUUUCCUACCAUCACUUCACCUACUUACUGUUGAAUUUAUCUUCCAUAUAAACUUCUUUUCUGUUUUGUUCACAUCUACUACCGCCUCAGUUGAAUCCUUUAUCACCUCUGGGCUGGACCACUGCAAUAGCUUUCUAAUAAUCGCUGCAUUCAUUCUUAACAUUUUCUACACAACUGUCAGACUGCCUUCUAAAAUACUUAAACCUGUACGACUCCCUUGCUUAAACCAUUACAUAGCUAUCUUUACCUUUAGCAGCAUUCCCCAAACUUUUAUAUAUGAACCCUUGGGUGUUACCUGAAAUGAUGUUAGGUGUUAGAUGGGCAAACAUUUUUUUACUAGUUAUCUAUAUUUGUAGUAGAAAAAUACGGGUUUUCCAUUUAUGGCAGUGGUAGACUUGUUUAAAAAGUCAGUCUAUUUAAGGAAAAAUAUGAAUAAAAAUAGUAUGGGGAUUAUUUGCAAAUGUUAAAAGUCAUGAAUACUCAAAUACUUAAAGCAGAUACAUUUCUUGCCUAUAGGAUAAGUUUCAAAAAUCUUUAGCAUGGCAUAUAAUUUGGCCCUAAACUGCAUUUCCAUCUUUAUUUCCUAGUCACACAGCAUUAGGCAUACAGAAUUUCUUGCCAUUCUGAUUUUCAUUCAUUCAGUAUUGUAAGAUAAAUUCUAACCGAAAUAAGCAGGCAACUAGAGGCAACAAAGGGCCAGGCAGUUUAUUUGAGCACAAUCCCGGAGAAUGUUCCCAGGUCUGGCUAGUUACAGGCCGGGGAAGUCUUGCGCAGCUAGACGGGCAGGGAGUUUUUAAAGAAGGUAGGGGGAGGCAGAGCAUAGAUUUACAGCGGUGGGAGGAUUGGCUAGCCUAAGGCACAUUUUUCAGGUUGGGAGAGGGCAGCAGCCGGGGAUUUUGGCACGUCAUCGGUGUCCUAUGUGCUCACCCCUCCCUCCGGUGCCUCCAACCUUACAAGUAUUUACCAAUGUUUACUCUGAGCCAGGCACUGGUCUAAACUCCGGAUAUCGUUGACUUAGAAAGCUUACAUUCUAGUGGGAAAAGCAGACAAUAAGGUAGUUAAAGAUUCAGAUUUAAAUGCUGUGAAGGAAAUAAGAGUGAAGGAUAGUAGGGUAGAGAAGACCACUUUGGGUGAGGUAGUAUUUUAGGGAGAUCAAAAAGAUGUGGUUGAACUAGCUAUGUGAAGGGCUGGAGGAAGAGUAUCAGAACAGAAAAUUACAAAAGUCCUGAGAACGUAGGAUAGAACAUCGUUGAGGAAAAAUGUAGGGAGAACUUGAUGGGUGAGAGGAGAAAAUGGUGGUGGAAGAAGUUGGGAGACAUAGGCAGAGAAGACCGUGUGAGUUUGAAUUUUAUUCUAAGUGCAAAAAUUAGUCAAAGGAGUUUUUUAUAGGGAUAUACUAACUUAUUUUUUAAAAGAUCACACUAAGUACUGUGGAGAAUGGACUAGAGUCUCCUAGUGUCCAUACAACUGCUUUGCCUGUAAAACCAUCCAGCCUUAAAGGGCCAGUUAAAAUGGAAGCCCUCAUUUACAUAGACUCUCCUUGCUCCCAGUCCUAUUGGAAAUAUUCUUUGUACUCUCAUAGCACUCUGUGAUGUUAAUUAUCAUUUUCAUAAUGUAAUUAUAAAGUGAUUGUUGAAAAUGCAACUCUUUUUGCUUGUAUUGCCAGCACCUCCUCACACAUAUAAGCAUUAUAACUGUUU